CCGCCGACUCAUCUCUUCAGUCACUCGCGAGCACCAUCGAAAAAACAAGUGCCGAACGUUAUCAUUUUUUAUUAUUAUUUUUGACGUUAAUAUAUCAUAGUAGGUAAACGAUAAAAUGGUAAAAUGCAUUAAUUUUGUUCAGUUUUUAGUUUUCAUGGUUUUUAUUUAUGGUUAUUUUUGCCAAGAUUUUGGAUAUGAUGGUGAUGAAGGGCCCAGUGAAUGGGGUAAAAGAUACAAGCAAUGCGUGGGAAAGCAUCAAAGUCCAAUCGAUAUCGAUAUACACAAUGUACAAAUGGUAAAUCUUCCUAAAUUAAGGUUCGACUUUUUUAAUAAACCCCUUAGAAAUGUUAGGUUAACUAACACUGGCCAUACAGUAAAAAUGACAAUAGAAGAAGGCCCAACACCAACGAUAAACGGAGGGCCCCUUAAUGGUACCUACGAGUUUAACCAUCUUCAUUUUCAUUGGGGUAAUAAUGAUACGCACGGCUCAGAAAACAUGCUCAAUCAUAACAGUUUUCCACUGGAAUUGCACGUGUUAUUUUAUAACAAAUACUAUGGAAGUUUGGAUGAAGCCUCCAAACAUACUGAUGGAUAUCUGGUGCUUUCAUUUUUAUAUUCGACAUCUACAAGAAGCAACAAGCACUACGACCUAUUUGAAUCAGGGCUAUCCAAAAUAGUGAAAAUAAACUCCACCUAUAAAUUAAACAACUUCGAAUCUUUGGACAAAUUUACCACUGCGCGUAAGGAUUCCUACUUUACCUACGAAGGCUCUUUAACCACCCCGCCAUGUUCGGAAAUUGUCACUUGGAUCGAGUUUCGAGAUACAAUACCGAUAACUCACGAACAGAUUGAACAUUUCAGGCAAUUAAAUGGACCUCAUGGUAAACUAACACACAAUUACAGGCCAACGCAAAACUUAAACGACAGAAUUAUAAGGAUGAAUUCUUCGGCAACGCUAAAGACUUCAUCCCUUCUACUUGGUUGGUUAACAAUAUGUUUACCGUUUUUAUUAAAUUUAAUUCGUUAACUUAACGUUUUAAAUAUAAGAAAUAUGUUGUUGAAUUAUCAUUGCUAGUCAAUUAAGGGUUGAAAACCUUUGAGAUGCCAUAAAAAGACUAAAAUAUAUAAUAUAAUUUUAGUUUUUGUACUUCCAAAUUGUAAAUAAAAAAACAAUAAAAUGUUAAUUUCUAUUUUGUUGUAAAAAUGACAAAAAUAUACAUAUGUAUAUA